AUGAGGGGCAUAACAACUACCAUUUUCGCUGUAAUGGGCUUCGCGGUGGCUUCGUCAUUGGAUGCGAGCACUUCGCCGGGACCAACAGAAGCCACCCAGCUUCCAGAUGCCGCCGCUGAAGCAUUACCCACUGCUUAUCACGACAUGACGAUGAGAAACGAGGAGGCAGCCACAACUUCGGGACAUUCGAUAGAGCUGCGAAGGCUGUGGGCUUCGGAGUCCCCUAAGCCCAUCCCCCGGCCUAGGGGCUUCCCUGCACUGUUAACUAGCCUGUCGUUACUGGGCCACGCUGGUCUUCAUGCAGUAAAGGACUACGACACCCGCGCAGUGCCGCGGCCUGCUAUAUCUCUCCUACUUGGCAAAGCCCGAUUCGACACAGCGAAUCUUGCACUGUUCUCCCUGUUAGGUGGACUAGCGCUGCUCUACUUGGGUAUCAAGCGCAGGUGGAGGAGCCAUAAGGAGAGAAAUUUGUGGAGGCUGGAUGAACUUUUGCGACAAGACCGCGCAAGAGUUGAGGCAAUCAGAAAUGGAGCUAGGAGAAAACUGUAG